AUGGAAGGAGAAGGAGGAGAAGAGCUAAGCAUAGAAGAACUGGCCUCCAAUCUUUCAACAUACAAAGAUCAGCUUCACCAGGUAAAGGAGCUUUUAGCUGAUGAUCCUGUAAACUCUGAGUAUGCUGACAUGGAAAGAGAGCUCAAUGAGGUAAUUGCUCUGACAGAAGAACUACUUGCAACUGCAAAGCAAAAUCAGAGUUCUGGAAUAGAUUUUGGGACAAGUGAUAGUGCAUCUCCUAGUUUGCCCCAGACUCAGAGGAAUGAAAAUGAUUCAGGGAGCAUUUCCGACUAUCAUGACAAGUUUCCUCCUGGUACAAAAGUUCAAGCUGUUUGGAGUGAAGAUGGGGAGUGGUAUGAUGCUACAAUCGAGUCUCUCACUCCAAAUGGAUAUUUUGUUACUUAUGAGGGCUGGGGGAAUAGAGAAGAGGUGGAUCCAGCCAAUGUAAGGCCAAUUCAAGAAGGGGCUGUCAAUGCAUUGCUGGAAGCUGAAAGGGUUGCUGAGGCCACAAAACAAGCAAUCAAAAGGAAGAUUGCACAAGCUGCAUCUAUUGACUUCCAAUCACGAAGCUUACCAGCAAAACUUCGCAUAGAACCUGAUGAUCCUGAGGAUGUGAAAGCUACCAAACGAAAAAAGAUACAUUCUUUUAAGUCGAAGAUGAGGAUGGAGCAACUAGAAGUUACGCAAAAUAAACGUCAAAAUGCUUGGCAACAGUUCCAAACAACCAAAGGCAAGACUAAGAAGAUUGGUUUCUUUUCUGGACGCAAGCGAGAGAGCAUCUUCAAGUCUCCUGACGAUCCUUUUGGGAAGGUUGGGGUGACUGGGAGUGGGAAGGGCUUGACAGACUUUCAGAAGAGGGAAAAGCACUUGCAUCUCAAAGGCGGAACAGCUGAGAAUGAUGAUGAGGCUCCUUAG